AUGGACAGACGAUACCCGCCGCCCAUACCACCCUUGAGUGCAUAUUAUCCGAGUGGCUACCCGCCGAUGAUGCCACCUGAGGCCCUUCAACCACGGCGCCAUCAACUCCAAACCUUGUCGAUGGAGAGCAUCGGUAGCUAUUCCGACUACGACGACCCGAACCGACCUAUGCUUCCUCCUCAGGGUCCACAGCGCUCUCGACGACGACAAGCCCAGAGUUCAGAACAUGUGAAACAUAGGCGGACGCGAAGUGGUUGCUACACCUGCCGGCAACGAAGGGUCAAGGUGAGUCUCGGACAGAAGCGUACGUUGAUGACUGCAGCUGACGGAAACGCUUGAAGUGUGAUGAGACGCAUCCGAUAUGUGACCGUACGACUCCAAAGCAGAAGCGACAGUGACUACUACUAACAUCGUUUGCAGGUUGUCGGAAAGGAAAGCGAGAGUGUACUUAUCCUGGCAACACCUCCUCCCCGAGCCCCUCGUCAUCAAAGCCCGCCAAGGGUAGCAGCAAGGGCAAAGACUCACCUGGCGACUCCACUCCCUCGGGCAGCGAGAUAGACGUCGAUGAGAGGAUACCCUUAUCGGCCAUACCGGAUGAAGAUGAGGACGACAUCGAUGAGAGCGAGCCAGCGUCAGCAAUCUCGCAGAACCUGACCGAUCUCUCCUCUUCCACGCGCGAUGGCAACUUGUCGCCAUUCGAAGAUGCACUGGCACGUGGAUCAUCGAGGCCGCAACCGGUGAGGAGCAACUCGAGACAGUCGAUCAAGUCAGGGUUCGCUCAGAGCGGUCGUUGGGCAACGCUACCCAAGGACGUCCGGUACUUCCUCCGCUACCACCGAGACAACAUGUCGCAUCACCACUAUGCCUUCAAAUAUGACGGCGGGGAGUUCUUGAAGACAACGUUCCUCGAGAUUGCAAUGAACGAGGGGAGCGCUGCGCUUCUCUAUGCAAUCGUUGCAUUCGCGGCCUACCACCACUCAAUAUCCCGCAACGACGACAACAUCUCGCUAUUCUUGUCUUACUACAACAAGUCCAUUGCAUAUCUACAGCACUCGCUCAAGAACAAGCGACACAACGUCGCGACCCUGCUCGCCAUCCUCCAGCUUGCGACUAUAGAGGUCAGCUUCUUCAACCUCCCCACGGAACGUCUGCCUUGAUGCUAAUCGAUUCACAGGAGUUUUUGGGUGACUGGCUCAACCUGUUGGGGCAUCAAAAAGCUGCCUACCAGAUCUUGACUGAUCUGUUCACGCCUCAGACGAUCAUGCAAGACGAGAUACGCCGGAAGAUCAUCAAUUGGUACAUUCGGUUCGACUUGGUCGCGGCCAUGAUGGCAGGCAACGAGACGGUCCUGGAUCGGGAAUGGUUCGCAGCGGCUGCGGAUUUCUACCGACGCCAAGUGCGAGACAGACCGAAUGACCUAGGCGCACGCUUCGAGGACUUCUUCGCGACAUCGCGUCUCCUCGCGACGGACGUGACGCUACUUCUCGCCGCAAAGACCAAGGGCAACAUCAGCGACGAGCAAUUUCAGUCCCGCACCCAAGACUUGACCAGCCAGUUCGCCGAGUUUGAGCAUACGAUCGAGACGGCAUUCACCGACCCAUCAUUUUUCGUCAAGUCGUUUCCGCGAGCGCCGAAUGCACCGAAUGAAGGGGAUCUCUUCGACUAUCGCGACCCCAACUUCCUGUAUGCCGGAGAGUUCUCGACCAUGAACUUUGUCCUCCUCGACCAUUGGGCAAUCGACCUCAUGUUCAAAUAUCAGGUCGCAAUGAUUACAAGGCAGCCACUCUCGCCAGAACUGACUGCCAUUGCGCUGAAGAAGUGCAAGAUGUUUGAGGCGAUACAGUAUGGGGAGGAGGGAGGCCCCAUGGCAAUGCUGGGAAGUCAGGCCAGCCUUGGAAUCCUGGCGCUGUUUCUGCCCAAGGAUCAGCAACACACCGCGUGGUGCCGACGCAAGUUUGCGGACAUCGAGCGCCUUGGGUACGUGGGAAAUCCCCAAUUUCAGAAUUGCAGACUUCUGGCUGACUUGUCACAGAUACAUCUAUCCAGCAACAUACCGCACUCGCAUGACCGAGCUCUGGGGCGAAGACGUCUCAAGAUGGUGGCUGCCAAACGAGGAGAGCUACCCCAGCACAAUCCGAACGAUCAGGGAGUUCGUGGAGUACCGAGCGACGAGACCGACAGACAUGUGGACGACGGACAUACGCAACAUGAAGGGGAUGUUUCGAAACCUGAACAUCGAGGAGCAAGGGGUCUCGGACGAGCUGAGGAAUGCGGGGACGGACAGAAGCAUCAGUCCGUAAGUCAUGCGCGAGGAUGAUCCAUAGAUACACAUUGAGUAUAUGGCUGACUGGGCUUGCAAUGCAGCUGGGUACACGGAAGCAGCCCCGAGCAGCCAUGGACUUGA